GAUCUUUGGCGAGAAGGAGGAUCAAGGGCUCGAUCCUGAGGCUAGCAAGAAGGUCCUGCAGGAACUUGCGGACCAGGUUAAUAAGGAGACUGGGAAGAGUAUGAGCGUCGACGAGGUGGCGUACGGCUUCUUGACUGUUGCGAAUGAAACUAUGACGAGACCCAUCAGGUCUAUCACGGAAGCCAAGGGACAUGAUUCCUCCAAGCACCGAUUGGCAACGUUUGGUGGUGCCGGUGGACAGCACGCUGUUGCCAUUGCCGAGGCUCUAGGUAUUCAGCAGAUUCUCAUCCAUAGGUACUCUUCUGUAUUAUCAGCCUACGGCAUGGCACUCGCAGACGUCGUCGACGAGCGCCAAGAACCUGAUUCCAAGGUUUGGGAGUACCCCGGCAAAGCAGUGGACGAGCUGAAGAGCAAGAUGGAGAAGCUCAAGGACAAGUCCCGCAAGGCCUUGCGCGACCAAGGCUUUGACGAAAAGGAGAUUGUGUUUGAGGAGUACCUCAACAUGAGGUACCGCGGUACCGAGUCCGCGCUGAUGAUUAUCAGGCCCGAUCAGGACGAGCAGAAGAAUACCAAGGACUGGGACUUCGGCGUGGCUUUUAUUCAGCAGCAUCGCUAUGAGUUUGGGUUCACCCUCGACGAUCGAGAUAUCAUUGUCGAUGAUGUGCGCGUUCGCGGUAUCGGAAAGAGCUUCAGGCAUGCGGAGAAGACGGUGGAUCAGCAGCUCAAGGAGUUGAAGAGACAGGAUGUGGAGCAGAGUAAGGCGCAUAACCGACAGCAGGUGUAUUUCGAAGAGGGUCGGCUUGAUACCCCGGUAUACAAGCUUAAGGACUUGAGUACCGGCGAGACUAUUAAAGGACCUGCCAUGCUUGCGGAUGGUACGCAGACUAUCGUGGUUACGCCAAAGGCCACUGCACUGGUUCUUGAUACUCAUGUCGUGAUCGAUAUUGAGAAGGAAGGAUCCAAGGACGACGGAUUACCAAAGAACCAAGGCGAACGAGAAGUCGACCCGAUUAUGCUGAGCAUCUUUGGUCAUCGAUUCAUGGCUAUCGCAGAACAAAUGGGUAGAGCACUCCAGAAAACGAGUGUCAGCACCAACGUCAAAGAGAGACUCGACUUCUCCUGCGCCAUCUUCGACGCGACGGGCGGUCUUGUAGCUAAUGCUCCCCAUCUCCCUGUUCACUUGGGCUCAAUGUCAACCUGUGUCAAGCGACAGGCCGAAAUUUGGAAAGGCGAUUUGAAAAAGGGCGACGUCAUCAUUUCCAACCACCCUUCCUACGGAGGCACCCACUUGCCAGACAUCACCCUCGUGAUGCCGGCUUUCAACGACAAGGGCGACAAGAUCCUCUUCUAUGCCGCCUCAAGAGCGCAUCAUGCUGAUAUCGGAGGUAUCACGGCUGGUAGUAUGCCUCCCCACUCAAAGGAGCUGUUCCAGGAGGGCGCUGCGAUUAAGAGCGAGAAGCUUGUUAGCGAAGGGCAUUUCGAUGAAAAGAGAGUGACGGAGUUGUUGUAUAACGAGCCUGCGCAGUAUCCCGGUUGUAGUGGAACACGCUGCUUGGCUGACAACAUCAACGAUCUGAGAGCCCAGGUCUCGGCGAACCAGAAGGGUAUUGCGCUGAUUGAGGGUCUCAUUGCGGAGUAUGGCGAGGAGACUGUGCAGUUUUACAUGGUGCACAUUCAAAAUAACGCCGAGCUGUGCGUCCGUACUCUGCUGAAGGAGGUUAGCAAGCGAUUCGAGGGCAAAGACUUGCAAGCGGUGGACUUCAUGGAUGACGGCAGCCCGAUUCGUCUCAAGGUCACGAUCGAUGCUGACAAGGGCGAGGCGGUAUUUGACUUCGAGGGUACCGGGCCCGAAGUCUACGGCAACGUCAACGCCCCCGAAGCCGUGACGUACAGUGCAAUCAUUUACUGCCUCCGCUGUCUUAUUUCAGAGGACAUACCCCUGAACCAGGGAUGCCUGAAGCCGAUUAACGUCAAGAUCCCGCCCAAAUCGCUGCUGUCACCGUCGGACGGGGCAGCCGUCGUGGGUGGCAACGUCCUGACGAGCCAGCGCGUGACGGACGUCAUCUUCAAGGCCUUCCAGGCGUGCGCCGCGAGCCAGGGCGACUGUAACAACCUUACAUUCGGGUUUGGCGGCAACGUGACGGGGCAGAAAGAGGUAAAGGGGUUCGGGUAUUACGAGACAAUUGCGGGCGGCAGCGGCGCGGGGCCGAGUUGGGAGGGCACGAGCGGUGUGCAUACACACAUGACAAAUACCCGCAUCACCGAUUCAGAGGUGUUCGAGAGGCGGUAUCCCGUGAUUUUGAGGGAAUUUUCGUUGAGGAAGGGGUCUGGUGGCAAUGGGCAGCAUAGGGGCGGUGAUGGUGUCGUGAGGGACAUCGAGUUCCGAAUCCCUGUGCAGGUGUCGAUUUUGAGUGAGAGGAGGGUGUAUAGGCCGUACGGGCUUGCUGGUGGGGAGGAUGCUGAGGCUGGGUUGAAUGUUUGGGUGAGGAAAGUUGAGAAGGGGAGCUGGGAGAAGUCACUGAAGAGGUUGAAGGGUGCUGCUGGAGAGGAGAAGGAAGAGGUGGUGGAGUAUGAGGAGCGGAGGUUUAAUCUGGGGGCGAAGAAUAGUGCGCCGAUGAAGCCUGGGGAAAGGAUUAUUAUCAAUACUCCUGGUGGUGGUGGAUGGGGCAAGGUUGGGGCUGAGAAGGGGGUCAGUAGUAAGAAGGACCCGACGGAUGGGUGGAGGAAGGGGAGUCAUGCGAAUAGGGAGGAUACUGCUCUGCAGGUCUAGGAGAAGCUCCAAUGGGCACCUGCUAUCAGGAUAUUUAGCGUUUGAGUAGGAAAGUCCGUCUACUUUUUCGCUCAACCUCCGUGUAAAAUAGUGGCUCGGCUGGAACCUUGACUGUAGAGGAGAGUGUAGAAGCGGCGAUGGAGCUUCUCACGACUGAGCUAACAAUUGAUGUAGAAGUCAUGCCAGUGGUGGUGGGAAUAGUCUCGACUAGGAAGGCGACGGAAGAGUAAACAGACAGCAUUGAAACAACAUGUUCACCGGUUCAUA